UCGGCAGUAUUUUACAAGCCACUGCCACCACGUUUGCUCAAUUAUAUAUAGGUAGAAUUGUUUCUGGCAUAUCGAUUGGUAUCCUAUCAAUGAUGGUGCCUCUGUAUCAAUCUGAAAUUAGUCCCAAGGACAUUCGUGGGCGCUUGGUCUCUCUUCAGCAAUUUUCAAUUACUAUAGGUAUUGCAGUUUCAUUCUGGAUCGAUUAUGCAGCAGAGAAAAUUGAUUCUUCAAACCAAUGGAGAAUUCCGUUGGGGAUUCAAUGUGUUCCUGCCUUUUUGCUUGGAACUUUGAUCUUACCUUUCUCUCCUCGCUGGCUGUUAGAUCACGAUCGAGAUGAUGAAGCACUUGUAGUGCUAGCAAGACUUCGUGCUAAUGGUGACAAAACUGAUCCUGUUGUUACUAAUGAAUUUAACGAGAUUAAGGAGAAUGUUGGAUUUGAACGUGAAAUUGCUGCAAAGAGUUAUUUAGAACUAGUAAAAAUAGGUCCUGAAAAUAUUCGUAAAAGAGUUAUACUUGGGGUCUCUAUUCAAGCAUUUCAACAGUUAACCGGAAUUAAUGCUAUCAUGUAUUAUGCACCACAAAUAUUUCAUAACGCUGGUUUAGAAAGUAAUUCUUCAUCACUCCUUGCCACUGGUAUAAACGGUAUUGUAAAUAUGCUUGCUACAAUUCCCGCUAUACUCUGGAUAGAUACAUGGGGUCGUAAACCUACUCUUAUUAAUGGGAAUUUUCAUGUUAAUCAUCGGGAUAAUAUUGGCUCGUCCUAUGCUUAUUCUUGGGGUCCGGGUGGUUGGAUUUAUCCUGCGGAAAUUUUUCCUUUACGUAUUCGAGGAAAAGCAUUAUCAAUAACAACGGCUUCCAAUUGGCUUUUCAAUUUUAUUAUUGGACAAGUUGUUCCAACACUGUUGGAUAGCAUAACAUGGGGAACCUAUAUAAUAUUUGGUAUACUCGGUCUAACGAUGGGCAUAUCAAUAUUACUAUUCUUUCCAGAAACAAAAGGUAAAACAUUAGAAGAAAUGGAUGACAUAUUCGGUGACAAAAAAUCUGCACUACCAAUACAUACCAAUAUAAGACGAAAUAUUGAAGAUCGUGAAGUAUCACCAAAUGUGAAGCAGGAGCCAAAUAAUUGA